GAGCGAUCUGCGCGGCCACAAAGAGCUGAUUUGCUUUUAGCCGGGAAGGAUCCCAUUACCAGGGGCACGCGCUUUAAAAUGGUCGAAACAAAAGCGUGAAAGGCUCCAGGCCAGCGUUAUAGAUUAGAGCGACAGUUUUUUUUGUUUUGUUUUAUAUUUUCAUAACCCAACCUAGGCGUUUACUGUAACUUUUAGCGGAUUCACCGACUAGCCGCGGGGGAAAUGGAGAAGAAAAGGUGGGAUUGCACUGCUCUCCCCAAAGGCUGGAAAAUGGAAGAAGUGACCAGAAAGUCGGGUUUGUCAGCUGGAAAAAGCGAUGUCUAUUAUUUUAGCAGAGGAGAAGAGCAAGAUGAGGAACAGAGGCCAGACAGGGGGGAGGCGGGUCGGUUGUAUAGUUUGUGUCCAUCUGGGAAGAAGUUUAGGAGCAAGCCCCAGCUGGCCCGUUACCUUGGUAACCAGAUGGACCUCAGCUCAUUUGAUUUCCGCACUGGGAAGAUGCUGAUGAGCAAGCUGAACAAGAACCGUCAGAGGCUGCGGUACGACAACAACAACCAGAACAAGGGCAAACCUGACUUAAACACGUCGCUGCCGGUAAGACAGACCGCCUCCAUUUUCAAGCAGCCUGUCACAAAGGUUACCAACCAUCCCAACAACAAAGUGAAGACAGAUCCUCAGAAAGCCGUUGAUCAGCCCAGACAGCUUUUUUGGGAGAAGAAACUCAGUGGUCUUAAUGCCUAUGACAUUGCAGAGGAGCUGGUAAAAACAAUGGAGCUGCCCAAAGGCCUGCAAGGUGUCGGUCCAGGCUGUACGGACAAAACGCUCCUGUCAGCCAUAGCGAGCGCCCUCCACACCAGCGCAGCUCCGAUCACGGGGCAGCUGUCUGCAGCGGUGGAGAAGAACCCCGGCGUGUGGCUGAACACUUCCCAGCCACUGUGCAAGGCCUUUAUUGUCACAGACGAGGACAUUCGGAAACAGGAGGAGCUAGUUUACAGUGUCAGGAAGAGGCUGGAGGAGGCGCUCAUGGCUGACAUGCUGGCUCACGUCGAGGAGGCCAACAGUGAAGGAGAGCCGCUGAAGGAGGAGGGCAACAGCAACGAAGACAUGGAGACAGUAUAGCACAGGUCACCGGGGAAGCCGGAUGUACACGGGAACGUUAACCGUAGGAUUACCAAUCCAGUGCGGCCCUGAAGAUCUGUCCCUCAAUGUCCAGUUUGGACGUCCACUCACUCCAGAACAGCCUCAGCAGCCCUUCUGCCAUCCAUUUGUAUCGUCAUUUAAACGGGACUCCAUGACUUUAUUUAUGAGCUCAGAUGAUUUUUAAUUAGUAAACAGACAACUAUGAAUGACUUAAAUAUAUAUUCAAUAAAUUUCCUUAAAAUGUGUCAAAAGUAGUGUUUAGUGUUAAAUGUAUUUUUGCUAAAAAGGUUCAGAUGAAUGUGUUUUUGUUUUUGCGACAAUCAUGUCAAGUCCAAGAGUUUAAGGUCAGCAGACGGCCGGGUGUGUUUGCCCCCUUUUGUUUAGGGCACCUUUUAGAGGCGAAUGUUUUUGUACUGUAAUGCAUCCGUUUGUGGAAAUCUAAACUAAGUGAACCCUCUUAGUUGAUGUCUUUAGUUUUAUUUUCCAAUUCUGGUGUCAUGCUCAGUGUGUGGGUGUGUUUCUCCUUGGCUUUCAGAGAGUAAAAUGCUUUAGCUAUUAUUUUUUUAAAUUUCUCAUCACUAUAAUCUGGGUACUUUUUACACUUUUUUUUUUUUUUUUUCGUCUGUGUUGCAACACAUCUUGCCUCCUUUUAAAAAUUCACGCACAAAACUGUUGACAGCAGAUGAGCUGUUUUUUGUUUUCUUUUUUUAAUGUUUUCCUAGGAGUUUUCAUCCUGGUUCAAUACAUGCAGCUGAAAUCAUGAAUCACCAACCUGAGCAGGCUGACAG